AUGUCCGAGUCGGGCAGCGACGAUCGCCGGCCUGUCGCCGAGCGGUCGGACGACGAGAGCGUCGGCGAGCGGGUGGAGGGCGACGAGUGGACGAGGGAGACGCAACCCACCACGCUGGAGGAGGACGCCAGCAAGCCCGAGGACAAGAGCAUCGAGGACAAGAAGCCAGAGGACAAGAAGGUCAAGCUCGAGGUCAAGCUGAACGAUGUGAAGGUUGAGCUGGAGGACCAGAAGGGCCCCCCAAGCUCGAGAACAAGAGGCGCAAGCUGGAGGUCAAGCUCGGCUCCGAGGAAGAGCGCAGGCGCUUCUGCGCGCCCGCAACGACGAGGCGGCGCCGCGAGGCCUCGCCGGGCGGCGGAGCCCCCGGCGGCGGCGGGCGGCACGAAGGCGGCGGCGCUCCCGGGGGGCUGCUGUGGCGGAAGCACCGGUAGCGGUGAGGUGGCCGUGGAGGCCGCGUCGAGCGGCAGUAUCGACGACGCGUGGGCCGACCGCUUGCGCAGUUGGCGGCGCUGCUCGCGAAGCCGGCACCGGUUCGCGCAAGGGCAAGGGCAAGAGCGAGGUCUUUGGCGGCCAGUGCACAGGCAUGGGCGUCUGGCGGGAUGCUUGUCUUCGUCGCGCAUUCGACCUCGCGGAGAGCAUGGGCUACAGCAUCGACAUGGACGGCCUCCGCAAGCUGAGCGAGGUCGAGCUCCGCCCGUGGAUCGACCUCCUCGGCGAGGGGGCCGCGGCAGGUGGCGGGCGAGUCGUUGA